ACGUCACUCUCUCGGCGUCUCUGCUGCAGCGGUCCAUCAUGGCGCUGCGCGGAACGGUGUGUGUUCUCCUGCGGGCGGCGGGUGAUGUGAGCCUGAAGCAUCAUGUGAGGGGUCUUCGGUCCACCGCUGUCCUGUGUCACUGGUCCCCUCCUCUGGGUCCGAUGCCCAAUGAGGACAUCGACGGGACCCAGCUGGACUCUCUGGAGAAAUAUCGCAGCUACACUCGCUAUGUGAGAGCAGCGGAGGAGGCCGACCGGAAAGACGUUUGGUGGAAGACCUACAGGCAAUACAGAGAGGAGGAGACGAAAGAAGCCGUUGCGCCGGUCAACAUCGGCCUCCCGUAUCAGCGUCCCUCCAGGAAGACAGAGGUGAAGGAGAGGAAGAAGAUCGUGCAGGAGAACAAAAAGAGCCCAGAGAUUGAAAGAGACAAUCGACUAAGAACAUUUCGCAUUUCCCUCGACAGAGUAAAGACUCAAUGGGAGAAGACAAACGGGCCGUUCCACAUCCAGAGGCUCGCCGAACACUACCGAAUCUACCAGGACCUCUUUCCCAUGGCAUAUUUUCUUCCGCGGGUCAUGCUGCAUGUGGCUUACGGAGAUGACAGCGAUGCAGUCGUGCAUUUUGGGAAUCACUUAACGCCGAGUCAGGCAGCACAAGCACCUCGGAUACGUUUCGAGGCAGAAGAGAAUUCACUCUGGACGCUGUUGUUAACCAGCCCAGAUGAACACCUCCUGGAUGGUGAGCGGGAGUAUCUUCAUUGGCUAGUUGGGAAUAUCCCAGGACAUGCUGUGACGUCAGGAGAAGAGAUCUGUCAUUACAUCAACCCUUUCCCUGCCAGAGGAACUGGGUUUCACAGAUACGCCUUCAUCCUGUUUAAACAAGAUGGUCCAGUUGAUUUCAGCGCUGAGCUCCGGCCCUCGCCGUGCUACUGUCUGAUGCAACGGACUUUCCGAACUUUGGACUUCUACAGGAAACAUCAGGAUGUUAUUACCCCAGCUGGUCUUGCAUUUUUCCAGUGCCAAUGGGACCAAUCUGUCACUCAGACCUUUCAUGAGUUGUUGAAUAUGAGAGAGCCGGUGUUUGAGUACAACAGACCUCCGGUGUAUCACCCACCUCAGAAGAAAUACCCUCACGGACAGCCUCUCAGAUACCUGGACCGCUACAGAGAUGGAGCACAACACACACAUGGGAUUUAUUAAACACAUAUUCAUUUGUUUGUAAUAAACUAAAUAUGUUA